AAGUGAAACUCAUUCGGCCAUAAGAUUGUUGAACAUAGCUGUUUCAUACAGGGAGCUUUAGCAGCCAACAGCUUAAGACAGCCAACAGCUUAAGACAGCCAACAGCCCAAGACAGCCAACAGCCCAAGACAGCCAACAGCUUAAGACAGCCAACAGCCCAAGACAGCCAACAGCCCAAGACAGCCAACAGCCCAAGACAGCCAACAGCUUAAGACAGCCAACAGCCCAAGACAGCCAACAGCUUAAGACAGCCAACAGCCCAAGACAGCCAACAGCUUAAGACAGCCAACUUGUGACGAGAAAAUGUUUCUCGUACAGCUGCUGUUCACUUUGUUACUCUGCAGCCCCGCAUUAUGUAGAAUAGCACCGGGCUUCCCUAUCGACUGCCUCCAGGUCGCCUGCAAGUGUCCAUACGGCACCAUAUGGUCGACGGACGCCAACGGAUGUGACGUCUGCAGCUGUAAGCCGGCUCCGUGUCUACCAGCUGUUUGUCCUACCAUCAAAUGUGCCUACGGUCUGGCUACCGACGCCAACGGCUGUGAGAUCUGCAGCUGUAAGCCGGCUCCGUGUCUACCAGCUGUUUGUCCUACCAUCAAAUGUGCCUACGGUCUGGCUACCGACGCCAACGGAUGUGAAAUCUGUAGCUGUAAGCCGGCUCCGUGUCUACCAGCUGUUUGUCCUACCAUCAAAUGUGCCUACGGUCUGGCUACCGACGCCAACGGCUGUGAGAUCUGCAGCUGUAAGCCGGCUCCGUGUCUACCAGCUGUUUGUCCUACCAUCAAAUGUGCCUACGGUCUGGCUACCGACGCCAACGGAUGUGAAAUCUGUAGCUGUAAGCCGGCUCCGUGUCUACCAGCUGUUUGUCCUACCAUCAAAUGUGCCUACGGUCUGACUACUGACGCCAACGGCUGUGAAAUCUGCAGCUGUAAGCCGGCUCCGUGUCUACCAGCUGUUUGUCCUACCAUCAAAUGUGCCUACGGUCUGGCUACCGACGCCAACGGAUGUGAAAUCUGUAGCUGUAAGCCGGCUCCGUGUCUACCAGCUGUUUGUCCUACCAUCAAAUGUGCCUACGGUCUGGCUACCGACGCCAACGGAUGUGAAAUCUGCAGCUGUAAGCCGGCUCCGUGUCCGCUGGUCAAAUGUGCCAACUUCUGCCGGGGCGGGUUCCUGACGGACGAGAACGGGUGCCAGACCUGCCGGUGUAAGUGCCUGGAGUACGCCUGCAGGUGCCCGUACGGCACCAUCUGGACUGUUGACAUCAACGGCUGUAGAAGAUGCAGCUGUAGGCCUAGGCUGGGCAGGCCUGUGCUGGACCUUGCUGAGGUUUGAGUGGACAUGGGCGUGGCUGGGUCACGUAUGUGUAUGGGUCACGUGUGUGUGGGUCACGUGUGUGUGGGUCACGUGUGUGUGUGUGGGUCACGUGUGUGUGUGGGUCACGUGUGUGGCAGGAUCACGUGUCACCAAGAUCACUAGCUGAAGGGUGAUCAGCUGGAUACAUGUGGUCAUCUAUACUUACAUCUAGAGAUAUGUGUAUUUAUGAGCGAUCGCCAUUUGUUACAGAAAACUACGUGGUCCAGUGUUGAAAUAUUGUGUUAUUUUUUAUUUUAUUAUAAAUAAAUUUUCUUUGAUACUGCAA